AAUGAGAUGAGUGGUAAAUAGGUCCUUUGGUUCCUCUUUUCCUUCUGGUCCUUCGUCGAAGAAGAGGGAGGUUUGGGUUGGUGGUGGAAAAUGGGGGCGAGACAGGAGAGGGAAGGGAGAAGGGAAGAAGAGGAGGGGGCUGAAAGAUUCUUGCCGAAGAUGCCGGUGAGAGUGCUGCUCGUGGAAGGGGACGAAUCCACCAGGCGGAUCAUCGCGGCCCUCCUUAGGAACUGUGGCUACAGAGUUGCUGCAACGUCAGAUGGCUUAAAGGCAUGGAACACGUUGAAGCAAAAACCCCAGACUAUAGACCUUGUUUUGUCUGAAGUUGACUUGCCAUCAAUCUCUGGGUUUGGCCUUCUCACCAUGAUGAUGGAUCACAACACCUUCAAGAACAUUCCUGUCAUAAUGAUGUCUUCACAUGAUUCUACCAGCAUGGUUUUCAAAUGCAUGUUGAAAGGUGCAGCUGACUUUCUUACCAAACCACUUCGCAAGAAUGAGCUGAGGAAUUUAUGGCAGCAUGUCUGGAGAAGGCAAAUCGCAAGUGAACAGGAUGACAUUCAUAAGAUUCAAGUCAAUUGUGAUGCAAAGCAUAAACUGACAGCUCAGUCUGGUAAAGAAGAACAUUCUACCGAGAAUUUAGGUAUAAUACAGGCAAAUAAGGAGUGCAAGGAGCAAAUGAGUGAUGCUCAAAGCUCUUGUACAAGCUCAGAUGUGGAAGCUGAGAGUACUCAAAUGGAGCUUAAUCAACAAAAGCUACAUGCACCAACAACUCUGGAUGAUGGAAAGAAUAUUCAAUUUGAUAAUGCAUCAUUUGCAUCCAAUGAAAAUAUAGAUGAUACACAAAACGAAUGCCUGGCCCCCAACAGUAUCACCAAUGCAACAAAUGGCUGGCAAUGUCACCGUGACAUAACAUCUAGGGAUCUUGUUGAUUUGAUCCGGGUGAUUGAUAAUCAACCACAGGGUGUAUUUCAAUCUGGAGACAGUACUACUGUUCAAAGUGGUUUUUCUAAUAUAGCAGUUCAUGAUGUUGGCUUUAUGUGCAAGUCUAAUCCCAUACCUCAUUUGGAGCUCGGUUUGAAAAGAUUUGAAGGAAUAUUCCCUGAGAAACUAGAGUGUGAUGGAGACAAUACAUGGAACCAUUCAAGUUCAUCGGCCUUCUCACUGUACAAUAGCAGGACAGUACUGCCUCCGUUGUUGAUACAACAGAAUUCAGGAUCCAGAAGCAGUGGUCAGAAUUGCACUGAACCUCUAUUAAACUACAAAUAUUCAAGUGAAAAUAUGGAAGAGACCAAAUCUCCAGCUGUGGAACCUCCAGUUCAAUGCAUCCCCCUUCGAGUUAUUCCAUUGCCUCUUCCAGUUGGAAGCAUGCCUCUAUGUUCUGGGUAUGAUACAGCAACACAACACAUGAUCUAUCAGCCAUCAGGCCACCAUUUUUGGAGUACCACUUCAUCUUCAUGGAUGGAAGGGAUUAUACAGACAAACUCAUUAAACCAACCGUGCCAAGGGAUUCAAAACUUCAUGCAAGGUGACCUUCCAGAUGAGAAUAAUUCCAGAAGCUCAUCUUAUCAUUCUGCACAAAAUCAAGAAGAACACAUGGAACUUGAUGAACAGAGGCAUGUUUCAUCUGUGGCUGGUGAGAGUGUUGGUGGUAUUGUCUGUAAUGGUGAAGGAAGUCAUCUCAACAUCAGUGAAUGUAGCAGUGUUCCCGAUGGAACUACUGGAUGCACUUCUACAACAAAUACCUUGAGGCCCAUGACAGUGAGGCUAACUGAUCAGGGGAAAUUGACUUGUGAAGGAACGAAGCCAAUAAAUUGUAGCAUGAGCCAAAGAGAAAUGGCUUUAAACAAAUUUCGACAAAAGAGGAAAGACAGAUGCUUCGAGAAAAAGGUUCGCUAUCACAGCAGAAAGUUACUUGCAGAGCAGCGGCCUCGAGUGAAAGGGCAAUUUGUUCGUCACGCUAAACUCUACCCUCGACCAACAACACUAGCAGCGGGUGGCCUUCUAAGUCCAAAAUAUUCCUCAGGAUCUGACCAAUGUUGCUGCACUAACAUGAUGUUGUUUCCAUAACUCCUCUGUGUAAAUUAGAUGUCACAUCCUAUGUGCCUUUUCCCUUGUAAAACUCCUUGAUAUAACAUCAAGGAGGUGGAAUAGCUAUUGACAAAUUUCUUCUUGUGUUUUUCUUAAUUUGUAUACCUUGACAUUGUUGGCAUGAUGUUUUAGUUGUCCUUCUUUCUCA